UUCCUCUCUUCACUCAGCCAAUACCGCUGAAAUAAAAGUAAAAAAAAAAACCUGAAGCAUAACUCUGCUUGCUGUUUGGUGACCUGUGGUUUAAGUGGGGAGCAGCGCGUGGGCUGGCUGCUGGCAUGUGCUUAUGCAGCGCUUUGCCCCCAGCCUGCCUCGGCACGCUGCCGCAACCAGCCGGGCUUGGUGCUGCUGCACUUUCCCGGAUUGCAGGGCUUCUUGCCCAGGGUGCUGGGGUCUGCCAGAGCCACCAGCCCUGGCUGGUGACGGCACAGCCCGGCUGUGGUGUCCUCGUUCUCUGGUCUUGGAAAAACUGCUUGAACAGGUGUAAAAAACUAAAUUUUUUUGGCUUGCGAGUUUGACCUGUUCUUUGCUGUUAGGUCAUCGGGGAACAUCAGGAAACGGCCGCAGUUGCCCUCCCCGAUGUGGUGGCAGCCUGUGGGGGGGGUGGCUGUCCCGGCUGGCACCUCUCUUCCCUCCAGCAGCCUUUCUGGUGCUCUCGGCAGUGACUGCUGUGCCUGCGUGGCCUUUCCCUCCCAGAGCUUCCCGCUGCAAGCAACUGGCGGGACUGCGUCGUGGCCGCAUCCUGCAGAGGCAGCUGCACCGAGCCCUCCUGUCACCCCGUCCCUGCUCGUGCCCGGUCUCCCGGUGUUGGCAGAGCGGCCCCCCCGCAGCACGCUGGCAUAGUCUGCGGUCUCAGGGCUGGCUGGGGCACUGGGCUCUGGGGCUCACCUUGCGCGGGCUUCUUUUGCCCCGCUGACCCUUUUCCCGUGCCUCGGUUUUCCCUCUUAGCAAGGAGAAGUCUGCCCGCCCCUGUAGCAGCAGAUGUGGGGACGCCUGUCGCUGCCUGCGCACGCCGCUUUGCAGCAGGCGGCCAAAGCAGCCGGGAGGCGAAGGGGAUGGAGAAGGGCCACGUCUGCUCACGUCUGCAACCGCGGCGCCGACGGGGAGCUGCGUCUCUUGCUUGCGUUCUCACUCCCCAGCGUGCAAGAGGGAGGUGCGAAGGAGGUUGCCAUGCGUUUGCUUGGGUUCUGCAAGCACGAGGGGCUGAUCCCCUCCCUGCUUGCAGGGCUUGCACGUAGCAGCCUGCAUGUCUGUGGGGAAGCUCCUGCUGCCCCGGCCGGGCAGGUUCCUCUGGCUGCGCUGUGCAGGCAGAGCUGCGGCCGUGUCCCUGCAGACGGAGUGUGGAGCGAGCCCAGCCGGCAACUGCUCCGGUGCCAGCCUUUCGAGCGCUGCCGGCUGCCGACCCGUCCCCAGGCUGUGCAGAGAAGAGCUGGGAAAGCUCUCGGCUCCCAGCUGCCCGGCCAUGGCGAACGAAGAGGAACACCCGUCGGCUCUCUCGGAUAACCAGGUCUUCGUGCUGACGUGCAUCUACCUGCCGGCCUCACUGCUGAGCCUCCUGGGCAGUGGAUCGGUCCUCGCUGUCACCUCCCGGCAGAGGCGAUGCUGCCACAUCCAGCUUCGCCCCCUUUUCCUCCUCGCCCUGGCAGAUUUCCUGGCCGCCGCUGUGCUGCUGAGCACAGCCACCAUCCAGCUGCUGCCAGCCCCGCUCUUCAUCCCGGCGUACGCUGCCUGCCCCUACGGACUGAUGCUGGCCACGACCUUCUACGCGGUCUCGUUCCUGAUGGUUGUUGUCUAUGCGUACGAAGCCUACCGCACCGUCCGCGGCUGGAGAGCCUGGCACGUGGCAGCUCUGCAGGAGAGGAGCGGGUGCCUGGAGAGCGCAUGGCAGGGGCUGCCCUACAUCCUGGCCUGGCUGGUGCCGGCACUCACGCUCCUGGGACAGCUGAUCGCCCGUGGCACCUCCCUGACCGACAUCGCGCCAAGACCCGUCGUGCCGUGGAAAGGCAACCGCUCGCACGAGACCUACAGCCUUUACUGCUCCAGCUGCCUGCUCCUCGUCCACCAUGCCCAGGAUAUCUGCUACGAGUACGUAGGUAGGAAGGACGUGGGCCUGGAGGGGAAAAUCGUCUUCUUCUUGUACCUGCUGCUGGUGCUCAGCUGCUGCACGCUCCUGUACCGCAGGGUGAAGCUCUGGUGCCGGAGGAAUGCCGCGGCGCCCUUGCUGACCCUGGAGAAGGAUGGCUUUGCGGGCAGAAGCAUCCGCAGCGUCAGCAAAGUCUCUCACUACUUCCAGCUGGUUUUCCUGCUCUGCUGGGCGCCAGCCUUCCUCCUCACCCUCCUCUCCUUCACCAGCAUCAAACCUGCCUCGGUCUUUUUCCUCUACGUUGCUACAGCCCUGACCGUCUCCCUCCAGGGCUUCUUGCACAGUUUGGUCUACGGCUGGCUGAGGCAAAACUUCCGUCAGGAGGCAGCGGGCAAGAGACCCUCCCUGCAGCAUCACCGGGGCCUCAAGGCUUUCUAUGACGAGUCCCUGGGGGCCGUUCCCUAGGCUGUCACCUCAUCCCGCUGACUCCGGGCUUCCCAACACCUCGGCAGGAUUUGCACAUCCCCGGCAGUUCCCCGCAGCCUGUCCGUAGCCGGGCAGGAUCUCUCUGGACACGGCCCUUUGUGCCUGGAAAGGUUUGAGCGAGGCGCAGGCAGCACCGGGCAGGUUUCCCACCGCGGUGGGGGGGCUGCAGUGGCUCUGCCCCGGUGGGAAGUCCACCCGUAGCCCCUCACUGCUGGAGGCAGCCCGACUUCCCACCGCCUGCACCAUGCAGACAGCAAACCCACAAGCAGUUGCUGCACGGGAGAUGGGACAGGAGCUCUCUGGAAGAAGAAUGCCCCUGUUCUGCACCACAAACGACUCGGCUGUUGGCAGCCCCAGGGCUUUGCAGGUUCAUGAGCAUUCGGGUGCUGUGGGAGGAGGCUGGUGGCACGCAGAUGAUUUGGCAGUCCCUAAGGGCUUCCAGCAACUGAACAUCAACUGCAACUAUCCCAGGGAAGGUGGUGGGUUUUUUUCUGUUUUAUUUGGCCUUGUUUCAGUGUUACGCUUUCUGCCAGAGAGCAAUCCAAAUUCCUCCGGAGGGCUCGGGAGAAAGUGCUUAUAAAUAAAGGUAUUAUGGUUGAGGUGCUCCUGGGCUUUGCUGCUGUUAGAUAAGUAACAGAAACAGGCGGUGAGCCAGGCGGCUCAUGCCUCCUUCCUGCCUUGGGGGAAGGUUCGUGGCCAAGGCCAUGUCAAUGGGGAUGAAGGAGCCACGGCUGGGGAUGAUUCUGCCCCACAGCCUCCUCCAACAAGUUAAAAAUCAGCCCAAAUGCUUGUUCAUACCUCGUCUACUUCUGGGGCUGAGAGCGCUCAAGCACCAUCACCCGUGCAAAGACAAAACCUCAGGGGGUGUUGGCGGGGCCGUGCUCACCCCCAUCACACCAUCAGCUAGCACAAACGGACACGUGAAGAGCAUUUGGAGACCUCCAGCCCAGGGAAAAUAGCUCAGGGCAAGAGCCAGGCGUGCCAUCAAGAGCUGCUGGGGCUGGGGAUGGAGAUGGUGCCGAGAUGGGCUCAAGUACUGAUGAGCAGAGGUGUGUGACAGCCCACGAGGGCUGUGGUGGGGUGACGGGGGGGGAAACUGCCGCACAGGGGAGGUGGGAGCGUGGACUGACUGGGCACUGACUUGGCAGUGGCUCCUUCCAGCAUGUCUGCUGGGCAUGCUGUUUGGUGACCACUGGGACUCCUGCACCACCAGAAAUAGAGGUGAGGAGCAGGGCGAGGGCUCAGAACCAUUUAAAAGUUGGUUGUUACCAGCAACCCAGUGCAGGUGGUGCUGGGGGAGGACAGGGACAAGUUCCCAGGCUCUUAAUGCAGGCACGAGAACCAGGACUUAGGAACAGGGCAGAACAGAAAAGACUGUUAGAAGACGAGGCAGGUAGAGAGAAAAAUGGAUGGUGUGUAGCAGCCUGGGUAGGAAAGCAAAAAGAAUGAUAACGGGUGUGGUUUGCAGGAUAUAUGGUCUAACCUCCUUGGGAGGAAUGGAAAGCUAAAAAUACAUCAUUGAGAGGAAUAAUACCUGAAGGAGGAUGUUUGGGCUGUUGAGCUACAAGGUGAUAGGAAGAUGAGCCAGUGGCUACUGAGCACUGCACAAGAUAAGGGUUCGUGCUCAUGCAGUGACCCAGGGAUGGAUAAGACGCAGCAAGGAAAGCAAACGACUUGUUGGGUGUGCGGGCAGGGCGGUACAGUGCACCCAUGUAGGAUGUAAGGGAUGAACCGCUGGCAGACAAUAAAACCCGGUGUUUGCUUUGGCAUAAUAAUGCAAGUCAUAAGGCCACGAGGCUGCAAGCAUCCAGGGCUUCCUCCUGUGGGUACUAGGUGAAUGCCAGAAGCGUUUGUGGUAUGAGCCCUCUCCCGCAUGGUUGGUGGGAGAGAAAAUAAUUAGGCUGAGGCUUGCUGCGAGAAACAGGAACAAACCCACUGCUAGGGCUGCCAGGGAGGCAAAGGUUCUGCAAAGAGAAAUGGGAGCAAAUGGGUCAGGGGAGCAGAGAAGCGGAGGUGCACAGCGAUGGGGAGGACAAGUUGGGUCGACCUCAGAUCCCACUCCAGCAGAUUCCCAGAGGAAAGGAAGGGCUGGAAAAGACUAAAGAGGUUGGGGGAGCAGAAGAGAGACAAACCACAACACUGUGAAAACAAGGGCGAACCUCCCCAUCUCUUCAGUAGCACCACGCUUCUGUGAAAAUACUGUUGGACAAGUGUGGGGCAGGCCCACAGCCAACACCACAGGUUGGGCACCAUCAGGGCAUGCGGCAGCAAGGCCACGAUUCCAACCCAGUAAAGGGGAAGGAGACAAACCAGCACCUACGGAGGGUGUUAAAAGGAACAGCAGAUAGCCAGGAUGACAAAAAGCCAAAAAUCAAUAACCAGGUAGAAAGAGUUGAAGAGUCGGCUCCAGGAGUGCCAGUGUCUCUGGAGAACCAAACCCAGCCAAGGACAAACCCCUCCUGGAAGAAGCGGUGACAGAGCUGGGGGGGAAGAGAAAACAGUACACACAACAGCGGCAACUGGCACACAAGAGCCAAAAGGACUCAACUGGGUACAAAGAGGGGGAAAAGACAGCAGCCUGAAGUGAACCUGAACUCUGAGAUGCUCAGUAAGGGGAUUUGUCUGCCUGAGCGGCUGGGGCCGGCAGCCGGUCCCAAGGCUUCUGACCACAGGACCCUCCACCCCACGCAGCGUUUGCUUUGCAGGUGCCUCGGACGUGCCACGGGUAGGGCAGAGGGACGCACAGCAGCCAGCAGGUGUGAGUCACCCUUUGCAGGGCCGGGCUUAGUGAACCCCACGGAGAAGUCUGUGAAAGGCGGCAGGAGCCUCUGUGCUGACCGAGAGCCCCGGACAGACGUCUAACGGAGACUGAGAAAACACCACGCUGAGGGCCAUGAGCGACCAAGCUCAACAGCACCUCUGCAGAGAAACCCCAUUCCUAACCGAAUAAAUCUACUAAGACUCAAAAACAGGAC